CUCUAGAGCGCAUCUAGAAUCAGAGACUGGCCCGCCGUGGGAACGAUCCAUGUCAAGAAAUUUGCAUUCGAGGUGACUUACACAUGCACAGCCACAUGUGACACUCUCUUGUUCCGCGUCCAGGAUUGCCGGGCGUCGAAUUCUCGAUAGAUGCCAGUCUGCGAGCUCGGAUUUGAGUGCGACUCAACCACGAACCUCAGAACAGACUCUGAAUCCGCGCCAUUGAACUGGAACACGGUGACGAGAGCGUUUCGAGGUGCGAGUGGUCUGUCAUGCCGUAGAGCCAGAGAUAGCAUCCGCUGACUACGGAUGGACAUCCUCCAUCCCCCUUUGCAUCUGCCAAAUCGCACGAGACGAGAAGGCAAUAAUGUACGGAACCGUGUAAAUGCAGGAAUCAGAAGCUCGGAGGAAGAACGCCUGGUCUGCUGGAGGGAUGCUUCGAGGAUGCUUCCGGCCGUUGCGAGUUGUCUUCUUGACAGCGUCAUUGCUCCAGUCCGUAUAAGAAAAACCUCGGUCGUGACGACGUUUCUUCUUGCCUUCCCCUCCAACCACGACGACCAUGGAAGUGUCCACUCCACCCUCUUUUUCGCUCGCCGACUUUAAUCAGCUCAUCUCCGCUGCGCUCGACUGCAACACACCACUUCCUACGCUCACGUUUCCUGGCUCCGUGCCCCCGUCACUCCUUAACCACCUCUCUCGCAAAGCCUCGUCGACUCUGCUCCAAAUGCCGCAGUCCCGAGUACGCGGCAUCUUGUCCAAAGUCAAGAAACGCGCAUCGGCGUUGAUGGUGAAGCGUAAUGCGCGCAUCCCGCCUCCCACGGUCGUUAAGACGACCACGACGACCAUGACGCUUAUUUCGCCUUCGUCGGACGACGACUGCGACACGCCUAUGCGGCUCUUCACCCCCUAUCUGCCCCUGGCGUCUCAGUACGAGCGCGCUGCCGUCCCUCUCUCCGACCUGUCCCACUCUUCUUCUUCAUCGCCGCCGUCAUCCGAAUCGACAUCGUCGUGUUCGCAUCCGCCUCCACCGUCGCCCACGGCGUCGUUUUUCUCCCAGCCGCACUGGACUGCGUCAGAGUGCAGCGGGUUUGGCACUCCCGAGUCGCCCCCCUUCCACCACACUUCGUCCCCCUCCCCCUCCCCGUUCCCGUACCCGCAUACAACCAGCCCGCGGCCAUGGUCCGUGAUCAGCAUGUCGGUCGAGGAAACGGAAGAGGAUUUCGAUCCGUUCGCGAAAGAUGUCGUCAGCGUCGUGCACCGCUCGUGCGAAAUCCUCCCGGCGGGCAGCACGCCUGUCAGCCAGCGCCGGCGCGCUGCGCGUCAUUCCGGCGUACGCCCCGGCCGCGUGGCGGAGUAUCCGCAGGACAUCGACCUGUCGGAGCCCGCGUCCUCGACGUGGUCCUACUCGCGCGAGAGCGGUUGGCCGUCAAGCCCCACACCCACACCAGGUUCGCGGGGCUCUGGCGCGUGGGUUUCGGCGUCUGGUUGCUACGCCGCCACCGCCACCGCCACCGCCGCGCCGUUAUCGCCUGGGAUCCCGCGCAGCCAGUCUGUCGCCCAGAUGCAUGCGGGACUGCAGCCGGAGCAGCAGCCGCAUCAGCGCCCGAGACCGCGCGCGAGCUCGCCGUUCCCUCUCUCUCUGCGUCGGAUGUAACUGUACUUACUGCUGGACGACUGUCGCUGCGCGUAGCCCGCUCGCUCGCUCGCUUACCUACUUACCGCUAGAUGCCCACCCAAGCCGCUCCUUUUGUGAUACCGGAAUGCCUGUGUCGUGUUUCUGAUUCUUUUUCUUUGCUUAUCCCGUGCCAUCUGUAUCCACAGCUCUCCAACAACCGAAGAACUGGUUUCUUGAGCGAAGUUCUUGGCCCACUCUGUAUCGUACUGUGCCUACUACUCUACAUGCUCGCUCUGUAAUCCGCCAUUAACCUGUUGUACUAAUCCCAGGCGAAACACGUCACAAGACUUGAGAUCAUUGGAUGUCGACUCCGAGUCACGCGGAGGAUGCUGCGGACUGUUGAGUCUUGACUGUUUGAUGUGGGCUCCGAGACCAGGCAUGUGACUUGGUAGCUCCAUCAAGCAUCAAUGAUCUUAUCGCCGUAGUGUAGACGCCUGAGCGAUUAAGCACAGCGUAAUUGGCGGGGUGGGACUUCCUGGCACCUACUUCCCACUGAAUUGACGAGAGAAUCUCCCAAGUCCAAGUCCAUCAUACUACCCCUGGGCGCCGCCGCCGCCACAGCCUCCGACAUUCAUCAGCUCCAUGUCAUUUUGCGCGAUAUUCGCUGAAUGAUCGGUGGGCCCGAGAACCAACCGCGUUAAUCUCUUUGCGCGUUUCCGGGGACGGAUCUACAGCAGUCGCCCGUCACUCUGUUUUUCUUGUUGCCGGCGGAAUCCACGCAGAUGAUCGUCAGGGGUUUGCAAACGUCCGAGGUCGGGGAGGGGGACAUAUAAGUCGGGCACCCGCUGUAGAUUGCCAGUCUUCUUCCCCGAGUCGUCUUCCGAGUCAUGGAACGCAAGCCCAAUCUGGACGUCGAGGCGGAGGCGCGCGAGUCAAAGUCGUCCCUCGCGACUGCUGUGCACGAGGUGCCGCGCGUGCCCCCGGCUCCGCUGCGGCGGGUGGGCACCCCGCGGACGCGGGUGCUCGAUCCCCGGGUCAAGGUCCCCGGCGAGUUCCGGACGCUCAGCAUCCAUGUUACAGAAACUCAAGAGGCGCUCAGCGCGAAACCUGGAAAGGGGACUGUGAAAGAUCUUUCCGAGCUCAUCUGGCACACGCUGCCUAAGGACGAGGUCUGCACUAGCCUCGGGGUCUCUGAGCAGCGGGGGCUCGACGCCUCGAUCGCGUCCCGCCGGCUGGCAGCGAAUGGGAAGAAUGUCAUCAGCCGCCCCCCGCGCAACCUCGCGCGGAAGGUGUUCUUCUACUUCUUUGGAGGUUUCGGGAGUCUGCUUUUCGUCGCAUCGAUCAUCUGCUUUAUCUCGUGGCGUCCACUGGGCGACCCGAAUCCUUUCGCGCCGAAUCUCGCGCUGGCAGUCGUGCUCUUGAUCGUGAUCGUCGUGCAGGCGAUCUUCAAUGCGUGGCAGGACUACACCACUGGAACGGUGAUGGCAUCCAUCGCGGGUCUGCUGCCUACGGAUGUGCUGGUUACGAGGGAUGGCGACAAGUUCAAGUGCGUCGAGUCAACAGGACCGUCGCUCCGUGUCUCCUAUGCUCAACAAGCUAUGACGCAGGUUACCCGCGGCGGAGCUUGUCUCCGGGGACAUCGUGACCAUAUCCCUCGGCGCGAAGGUCCCUGCCGACCUGCGCCUGCUCGAAGUGUCGAGCGACCUGCGCUUCGACCGAUCGAUGUUGACGGGCGAGAGCACGGAGAUCUCCGCCUCGACCGAUUGCACAGACAAGAACUUUAUGGAAUCGCGCAACAUCGCACUACAAGGAACACUUUGCACGAGCGGAUCUGGGCUCGGGGUCGCUGUUGGACUCGGGGACAACACGGUCUUCGGGCGGAUCGCGAAGCAGGCCAGUCGGGAGCGGCCGACGCGGACCACUCUCGAGGUGGAGAUCCUCCGGUUCGUGCUGAUCAUCGGCGGGAUGGCGUUCCUCGUUGCUGUCUUCAUCGUCAUUCUUUGGGCCGCUUGGCUGCGUCGCGACUACCCCGGAUUCAUUAACGUUCCCGCUCUGCUCAUAGAUUGCGUGUCUGUCGCAGUGGCCUUUAUCCCCGAGGGACUGCCAGUCUGUGUGACUCUGUCAUUGACCGUGAUCGCCGGUCGGAUGCGCGCAAACUCGAUUCUGUGCAAGUCGCUGUCAACCGUCGAAUCGCUCGGCUCCGUCGACUUCAUCGCCUCGGACAAGACAGGGACGCUUACCCAGAACAAAAUGACGGCAGUCAAUAUUGUCGUUGGCUUGGACGGCGUGGCAGCGGCCGACGCGCGGGUCCGCGCUGCCAAGGGCGACCGGGCAGUGUCAGAGCUCGCUGCAUUGGCCGCGCUGUGCAACGACGCGGCGUUCGAAGCGAGUAAGGUCGAAGAAGCGUUGGAAGAUCGGAAAGUCAACGGAGACGCGACUGACACCGGUCUCCUGCGUUUCGCGGAAAGCAUCCUUUCGACGGAUCAGCUACGUGCCUGCUGGUCUGUCGCUGGAAAAAUCGCGUUCAACUCGAAGAACAAAUUCGCCGUCAAAUGUCUGUCCUCUGCUUCUCAAGACGCAGUGUUCUCAGAUAUCGGGCCCGGAGAAUACUUGCUGGCAGUCAAGGGCGCACCUGAUGUCCUGAUGAAACGAUGCAGCACGUUCCUGCAUGAGGGAGAGAAUCGGCCACUGGACGCACCGGCGCUCGCCCGCCUGGCCGAGCUGCAGCAGCAAUACGCGUCCCGCGGCCAGCGGGUGUUGCUUUUAGCCAAAAAGGUUUUGCGGAAUGUGGCGCCCAGCGACAGCGCGCUCGAAGACUUCCUGCUCGCAGAGAACGUCGGGCUCACGGUCGUGGGGCUCAUCGCGCUUGUCGACCCGCCGAGACCAGAGACCGAGGAGACCGUGCGCGUCUGCCGCAGGGCCGGGAUUCGGUUCGCCAUGGUGACGGGUGACUUUUCGCUCACUGCGGCCGCGAUCGCGCGGCAGGUCGGUAUCAUCACGACGCCCGACACGGCGAUCCAGCAUCUCGCGGACCUGCCGGCGGACCUGGCGCUCGACCGCAUCCCGGCGUAUGUGCCGAAGGAGGAGGGCGACGCGCUGCGGAGUCUGGUGCUCAGCGGCCCGGAGAUGAUGACCAUGACCGAGGCGCACUGGAAGCAGGUCCUCACGUUCGACGAGAUCGUGUUCGCGCGGACGUCUCCGCAGCAGAAGCUGCAGAUUGUGCGGGCGUUCCAAGGCAGCGGGUGCACGGUGGCUGUGACCGGAGAUGGAGUCAACGACGCGCCCGCGCUCAAACAGGCCGACGUCGGAGUUGCCAUGGCCGGCGGAUCUGAAGUAGCUAUGGAAGCAGCGGAUCUCGUCCUGCUCUCGGACAACUUCUCGACGAUCGUCACGGGCAUCAAGUACGGCCGACUCUGCUUCGAGAACCUGCGCAAGUCGAUCCUGUACCUCCUCCCCGCCGGCAGUUUCUCCGAGCUCAUUCCCGUCAUCUUGAACGUGCUGUCGGGUGUCCCGCAGGCGCUGAGCAGCAUCCAGAUGAUCAUCAUUUGCGUCGCCACGGAUGUGUUGCCGGCGCUCUCGCUGGUGUACGAGCAGCCGGAGGCGGACCUGCUCCUCCGCCGCCCGCGAAACCGCAAGACCGACCGCCUCGCCGACGUCAAGCUGCUGUGCCACGCAUAUCUGUUCAUCGGCAUCCUUGAGACCCUCACCUCGAUGGUCGCGGCGUUCUACUUCGGUUUCGCGCGGAACGGGAUUCCAUUCUCGCAGAUCUGGAGGAAGUACGGCUCGUCGACGGUCGACGCGGCGUGGCUGGCGGAGGUCACCAGCCGCGCGCAGUCGCUCUACUUCUUCAACCUCGUGAUCAUGCAGUGGUUCAACCUGCUCUCGACGCGCACCCGCCGCCUGUCGAUAUUCCAGCAAAACCCGCUCGGCGCGCGCGAGACGCGCAACGUGCUGCUGUUCCCCGCGAUGGCGUGCGCGCUGGUCCUCGCGAUCUUCUUCUCGUACGUGCCGUGGUUCCAGCGCGUGUUUUUGACGCGCGGGAUCCCCGCCGAGUUUUUCUUCCUGCCCAUCGCGUAUGGGCUGGGGCUGCUGUUCCUGGACGAGAUGCGCAAGUGGUGGAAUCGCGCGCACCCGAAGGGCUUACUGGCGAAGAUUGCGUGGUGAAGGACUAGCAGGUGUUGGAUGAUCAAGUCGAGAAUUUCGUUACAAUUUUGUAAUGCGUGAAAAAUCUGCUCUCAUCGCUGCACGAAUCCACGGGUUUGUUCAGUUGCAGCGACCGCAUUUCGUCGGCUCAAAGGAUGUUUUGACAUUCGAUUGCUGAGCUGAAAACUAACGUGGCAAAACGGUAUCAAGUUGCUGGCCGUGUGGUUGUGUUCAUUACAGUCUGCAGUGAAAUGCACUGGAUCUGGCUCUCAGCUUU